AUGAAGACAGGAUUUUGUCAAAGAGCAAUGGAAAUAGCGGAAAAUAAAGAGCUUGAAGAGGCCAUAUUCAAGUGGUUUUUUUCAGCAGCAAACACUGGGAAACCCUCUUUUAGGGCUGACUGUAAAAAACCGAAACUUUUAUCAGAGAUAAUCAAAUGUUUGUCCUCAUCUAAAGUGAGCAAUAAUUGGCUACAGUAUUUCAAGGCAAGGCCCAAUCCAAAAGCAGCAGAAAAUUUUAUUGAAAAUUCCAAAUUGGAGCAGGAUCUUAUGACCCUGAAUUUUUAUAUGGCACAUAUGAGAUGGAAGUCUUUCCCUGAAAUAGCUUUAGCUUCUAAAAGUGAAACAAGUGCUCCUGACCAUAAGGUUAAACUGACCAAAGACCUGGGUGACAGCUACUUUGUCUGUGAAGGAUAUUACUCAAUUUUCCUACCUGGAUAUAAAAAGUACCAUAAUGACAUAGGGAAAGAAGGUAGUAAGGUGAUGUUCAUUGUGGGCAAUGCAGCCAUCAACCCUACAGAAAUCCUUUCUGAUACCGAAGAUCGAUGUUUCAAAACACUCUUCCUUCCAAAAAACAUAACAUUUUUGCUGCAGCCAUUGGGCCAAUUGGCUAUUGAAACUAAGAAAUGA